AAAGGGUUUCUCGAAGCUCAACUGGAGUCGCAGCCAUGGCGGGAGAAGCAGAUGGCGGUGUCGAUGAGGUGGUGGAGGAGUUCGCUAUCUGGAAGAAGAAUUCUCCCUACUUAUACGAUCUUAUCAUUUCCCACUCACUGGAAUGGCCGUCUCUCACCGUCGAUUGGGUUCCGUCGGCCCCAUUUCCUCACCAGGCAAACCCCUCUCUCGCCGUCCACAAACUCGUCCUUGGAACCCACACAUCGGAGGACGUACCAAAUUUUCUCGUGGUGGCCGAUGCUAUUUUACCCAUCAAAGCAUCCGAAACCAGAAUCGACGCUACCGGGGAAAACCCCAUUAUCCCUAAGAUAGAGAUAACCCAGAGAAUACGAGUCGAUGGGGAGGUAAACAGAGCUCGGUGCAUGCCGCAGAACCCAGAAAUUUUUGGUGCAAAAACGAGUGGCUGCGAGGUGUAUGUUUUUAAUUGUAGUAAACAGGGGGCGAAGGCUCAGGGAGCUGAGUGCGAGCCUGAUUUGAGAUUGAGGGGUCAUGAUAAAGAGGGUUAUGGGUUGUCUUGGAGCCCGYUUAAGGAGGGUUACCUCUUAAGUGGCUCACAUGAUCAGAAAAUCUGUUUGUGGGAUGUGUCUUCCAUGGCUGAGAAGAACGUGCUUGAUGCUAUACACAUUUAUGAGGCUCAUGAAAGUGUGGUCGGCGAUGUKUCAUGGCAUUUGAAGAAUGAGAACUUGUUUGGAUCUGUAGGUGAUGAUUGCCAGUUGGUGAUAUGGGAUUUGCGCACAAACCAAGCUGUGGAUUCUGUCCGAGCUCACGAGGAGGAGGUGAACUAUGUAUCUUUCAACCCAUAUAACGAAUGGAUACUGGCAACAGCAUCAUCCGACACCACCGUGGGCCUAUUCGAUCUACGAAAGCUUGCCGAGCCACUCCACGUUCUUAGCAGCCACACGGAGGGAGUGUAUCAGGUGGAAUGGGAUCCUAAUCAUGAAACAGUGCUGGCAUCCUCCGGUGACGACCGAAGGCUGAUGGUGUGGGAACUCAAGAGCAUAGGAAACGAGCAGGAUGGAGACGCGGAAGAYGGGCCUCCAGAGCUGCUGUUUUCCCAUGGAGGUCACAAGGCUAAAAUAUCAGACUUCAGCUGGAACAGGGAGGAGCCAUGGGUGAUCUCAAGUGUAGCUGAAGAUAACUCGGUUCAGGUCUGGCAAAUGGCCAAAAGCAUUUACCGAUGAUGGUAUCUGCAAAACCCAGAGGACAAAUCGGGUGAGAACUGAGAACCAUUGUUGAACUUAGCUAAUUUUAAGGUUUUUUUUUUCCAGAUCUUAUGUUAUUAUAUAUUAGGUGUUGUCUUGUUGUGUGUUAUGUUUGUGUUGCUGUUCUUGAAAGGAUUUCUAAAACCACUAACACAGCACCGCAUUUACUAUUCAA